AUGUACGUCGCCUACGAAUGCCACUACGUGCAACCGAAAUCGGUCGAAUCCUACCUGUCCGGCAUCUGCAACCAACUCGAGAUGUGUCAUCCCGAGGUCCACGCCCUCCGCCGCCACCCCCUCGUCACCCGCACCCUUGCCGGUUGCAAAAAGCUAUUCAGUAAGCCCACGCAACGAAAAGCCGCCCUCACAGUCGACAACCUUGAGCACGCCGCCGCACAACUCACACAGUCUUACGACGACAAACUUUUCCUCGCGAUGCUAUACACUGGCUUUUUCGGUCUGCACCGCCUCGCCGAACUCACCGACCACGACAAGCCAGCUUUUCGCUCAUAUCGCAAGACGAUCAUGCGCGCCACAGUCCGCAUCGAAGGCGAUGCCUACACGUACCUGUUGCCCGGACACAAGGCCGACCGGUUCUACGAAGGGAACACCGUACGCAUCACUCGCCAGCAACGCGGCCCGGACCCAUACGCCGUGUUCAGCGGCUACGUCGCCGCUCGUGACCAAUCUCGAAACGCGCUGCACCCCGCGCUCUGGGUGAAUGCCGGCGGUGAUGUCCCCACGCGUUCUUGGUUCACAACGAGGCUCAAGCGACUCUUUCCCGAUGCGACCAUCGGCGGCCACUCCAUGCGACCAGGCGGCGCUACCUUCUACGCCGUCGACGGGAUGCCCGGCGAAUACAUCCAGGUGCUCGGACGUUGGUCGUCCGAUGCCUUCCAGAUGUACAUCAGGAAGCACCCCGUCGUUCUCCACGCCCUCCUGCAAGCCCGGCGCGAGGAGAACGCCGGCCAACACCGUGCAUGA